AUGGCGGCCGAGGUACAACUUUUGCAGCCUUUGAAGCUGCCCAAAGGCCCUUCCACCAUCACAUCGGAACAAAAAUACUGGAAUUCUUUCGCCUCCGAGCUGCGACUCGACCCAUCCCAGCAUUCGUCGCCUGUAACCCACAUCUCAAUACCGCCGCCUCAGCCUGCAAAUGCCCUGUCUGCUACGCAGGAUCUCUUCGCCGUAACCACAGGUUCGCGCGUGCAGAUCUUCUCUACCAAAACCCGGAAAGUGGUAAAGACGAUAUCGCGCUUCGGUGUGGACGACGUUGCGCGUUCGGGCAACAUUCGGCGCGAUGGCAGGAUCUUGGUCGCCGGAGGAGACAGCGGCGUUAUACAGGCUUUUGACGUGAAAAGUAGGGCGAUUUUGAAGACAUGGAAGGAGCACAAGCAGCCAGUGUGGGUCACGCAAUGGCACCCCACGGACCUCACGGGUCUCAUGAGUUGUUCGGACGACAGAUCGGUACGACUAUGGGAUCUGCCGAGUGAGAAGAGUGUGAUGAAGUUCGAUGGGCAUCAUGAUUAUGUGCGCAGCGGCACCUUCAUGCCUGCACAGAGUGGACUGCUGGUAUCAGGAAGUUACGACGGUACAGUACGGCUCUGGGAUUCGCGAGUUGGCGGCAAAGCUGUCAUGGUGUUCAAGCACACAAACCCCAUCGAAACCGUUCUGCCUAUGCCCUCUGGAACUGCCGUCCUUGCAUCCUCAGACAAUGUGAUCAGUGUUCUCGACAUUGUAGCCGCGAAGCCGAUUCAUAUGCUACGCAACCAUCAGAAGACUGUUACCGCACUUUCGCUAGCAAACAACGGUGAGCGCCUUCUUUCUGGUGCCCUGGACGGCCAUGUCAAGGUAUUCGAAACUACCGGUUGGAACGUCGUGGGUGGCUUGAAAUAUCCCUCGCCGAUUCUGUCCCUCAACGUCAUUCCCAACCAGAAGGAGGACAAGCAUAUCGCUGUGGGUAUGCAAUCCGGUCUUCUUUCCAUCAAGACACACCUUUCAGGCGAGCAAAAGGUUCAAGCUCGGGAGAGAGAGAAGGAGAUGAAGGCGCUCAUGGAAGGCACAAUUGAAGAGUACGACAAGAGCAAGAAAAGGAAGCGGGGGAAAGGCUGGGAGAAGCGUAUUCGAGGCAAGGACUUUACAGGCGAAAGCGCUGAUAUUGUCAUCGAAGGCAACGCGCGAGGCAAGAUAACUGCUGGACAAGGAUGGGCGCAUGCGCUGCGAAGGGGCAUGUACGCCCAAGCCCUCGAUCUGGUUCUCGACUCAAAAGAUGGCAACUCACGCAGCCAAUCUAUCACUCUCCUAACCGCUUUGCGCCACCGUUCCGCCCUCCGCGUCGCCUUGAGCAACCGCGACUCAGUCACUCUCCAACCCAUUCUCCGCUGGUGCAUCAGGAACAUCUCAGACUACCGCAUUACGCGCUUGACUACCGAUGUCGCGCUCGUCGUCCUGGAUCUGUAUGCAGACCAGUUGGGCAGGAGCGAGGAGGUGGAUGAUCUGGUUCUGGCGCUCAUGCAGAGAGUCAAGGUCACGGUCGAGGCUAGCCAGGAUGCAUGGAAAGUGAGAGGAAUGCUGGACAUGCUUGUCAGUAGCGUUGGGGCAGUCGAGGGCGAAGCGUGAGGACGGACAAGUGAUACUUGAUUGCAUAGCGAUGGCGUUCUGGAUUUGUUCACUGUUUCCGUAAAAGGUCGGGGUGACAUCAUAUAUGGUUAUGUAGCUUAGAGGGGGAGAUACCCGGAUGAGGCAUCUAGUUUGCUUUGGAUGAUGGGCAUAGAACUGGCUGCAAGUCGUCGCUUAAAAUGGUAUAUUAU